AUGGUUUUAUAUCAUUUGUACAAGGUUAAUCAGGUGAAGGCUUUGUACUUAUACCACAAUUGGCCUGCUUGGUACCAGUUUGUUACAGCUACAUUUUGUCAUGCUAAUUGGAAUCAUCUAUCUAGCAACCUUUUCUUCUUGUACAUUUUUGGAAAGCUUGUUGAAGAAGAGGAAGGGAACUUCGCUUUGUGGCUUUCUUACAUCCUUACUGGUGUAGGAGCAAACCUCGUGUCAUGGUUAGUUUUACCUAGAAAUUCAGUUUCUGUUGGAGCUUCUGGUGCUGUUUUUGGGUUAUUUACCAUCAGUGUCCUUGUAAAGAUGUCCUGGGACUGGAGGAAAAUCCUUGAAGUGCUUAUAUUGGGUCAGUUUGUAGUAGAGAAGGUUAUGGAAGCAGCCCAAGCUUCAACAUCAUUAUCAGGAACCUUUCAUGGAGGCCACUCAUUGCAAAGUGUAAAUCACAUUGCACAUCUUUCUGGUGCUCUUGUUGGUGUGCUUUUGGUCUGGCUUCUUAGCAAAGUUCCUUAUGAUCCUUCAGAUCAAUAA